AUGAUGAUUCCUCUGGCACUGUCUUCGAUUGAUGAGUACUUCAAUCAUGCAAAACUGCAAGUAUUGCGAACAAUUAUACAGUUUUAUGGAAUAACGGAAGAAUGACAAAUUUUAAAAUGUACGAAGUUAAAAAUUCUCAAUGGAACUAUUGUUUGAAAUAACGAUAUACAUCUGUUAAUAAUAGAUGUUGUAACCUCAGUUCAGAAGUUCGAAACACCCAUUGAUUUUACACUGGAUAAAUCUUUUUGUACAUUUUUUCCGACAAGCAUCAAUUGUGAAUGAAAUAUUUAUUUACUUAAGGAAUUAUUUUUCCUGAAAUUUUACUAGAAUGUAUGUAUAAUAAUUUCCAUUUCUUUUCACCGUUUAAGGUUGAAAAUGUUCCAGGUACGUUUCAUUCGACAAUAAAUUCAUAAAACGAUUUUCCUUUGACCGGCUCAUUCAGUGAUUCAGAAUUUUAUUACCACAUCUUAAUACCUUGUCAUCGAAUCCAUCGACGAUGUAAGAAAUAAGAAAUCAACGACAUGGUUUUAUGAUUUCAGAGAGCCUUAGAGAGUACUUCACCAAGUACGGGGACAUCACAGAAGUCAUGGUCAUGAAAGAUCCCACCACGCGGCGAUCAAGGUAUGGCGAGACUUAUAUCCGCAAAAUACUCCAACGUUCCCUAAAAAAAAAAAAAAAAAUACUCCUCACCAACUACGUUACGAAUUUACUAAAAACCUCUUCACUUUUUUUCUGUAUCUUUAUGCAUCGCGAUAAGAGUCGAAGGAGCAUCCGGGCUUUUACCACCGAUACGAGUGUUCGCGAUCGUUUAUCUUGACGCAGUAGUUUUAUGGGACUCGAGGAUCCUGAGUUACGGGGGCGUUUGACGACCGACCGUGGACCCUUCGGACCCUUUAUUAGCAGCACCGUCGAGUUCUGCGUUCGCAUGUUCGCGUUUCCUUUCGAUCGCGUACAUGCAAGCCGAGCGCAGUCCGUUCUAUUCCGUUAUAGCGCGUUAUGCUAAUCGCCGCUCGGAUUAAAUAGGCCGCGAGGCGGCUUUAUAUAAUAUCGGUAUUCGUUAGGAGCGACUCGGAGGCCAUCGGAUCGGUCGUUAGCCGCGAUAACGACCGUCGUCAUAGUAGUCAGAAUGCCAGGCCCAGGUUGAUGCUUCUGCGGAUUUACAGCACGGGAUAACGAUCGGUUGCGCCAUUUCGCGAAUGAUUGAAAAGAGACUGUCACGAAAGACUUGUUGACAUACGAGUAAUAUCCGGCGAUGAUUAAUGAAACAGAUUUAAGAGGAACAACGUUGCGAGUACAACAUAAUUGGAACUUUGGUCUCGGAGAUGUUCAACGUUAGAACUACUUAGGACUUUAAUAUAUUUCAUAGAAAUUUCCUAGAAAUUCCUAUUUAGGUAUAGUUUAACGUGUUAAUUUUUCGCCAGUUUUAAUAUUAAUUUAGUCCAUUGAAACAGUAAUUGCUUUGUUGAACUUCCUUCCUCUCGCUAUUAUUUCGCGAUCGCGCACAGUACAGAAUGAAUAUUUUGUUCGUAAUAUUACAUUCUUAAUUGACCGAUUACAUUAAAGAAAUAUAGAUAAAGAAAACAGAGUUCGUUUGGCCCAAAAGUAAACGAUCCUAUUUCUUGAAUUAUUUCCGCGAAAAUAAAAUAUAAACUUGCGUAAGUAUCCACGCAUCUACGAUCGUCUAGAUUAAUUUUCAAAGAGUCACCUGCGCAGGCACCCUCGCGAGCAAGGUCGUCCACGCUAGAAUUCCACCGAUAAUUCCAACUGAUAGCUGCUUCUUUCGCUAGAUAGUCUCGAGGACGGCGCGAGAUACCUCCUGCACCUGUUCGAAGCGUAUCGCGCGCGUGCAAACUCUAUUUCGGCAACGCGGCGUUGCACAGCAGCAUUAAUAAUGACACGUACGCUUAUAGGCAUACAGCACGCGCCACGUAUUCGAAGAUGGUAGGCCCAGAUGCGUCGGCCAAGAAUAGACUUAUCAGCCAGAUAAAUGUGACAACGAACGCGAGAGAGAGAGAGAGAGAGCCUAGCUUUACCUGCCGGCGAGCUGCUUUACUCGCGCCGACCGAUCCCAGGCGCCCAUUAUUUCCUUUCGCUAUCUACCGCAGAUGCAUCGCACUUACCAACUCGCCGCCCGCGCGGCUGCAUCUGCGCGCACGCGGAUUUCGUGCCCGUUAUCCCUUUCCCGUAUCUAUCGCGGGACAUUAUCGCAAAACACUGUCCGACCGAGGCCGAAAAUAGGUUAUCACUGCACCUCUCGAAAUUCGAUUGCCAAUUUUUGCAAUGUAUUUCCGUCCCACCGAUAUAUAUAGUAUAUAUACAUUCUUCGUUAAUGAAAUUGGCUUUUUUCCUCAGCUAUUUCUCGUCUAUUGUGAAACGUGCGUUCUGCCAGCUGCAAUUAUUGCAGAAAUAUUCCAGGAAAAUGGAAAUGACGGAAUCGGGUCGAUCGAUGUGGAGAAUUCGAUAGGGAGAGAUACUUGAAUUUAUAAUUCUGCGAGUUUUGGUGUUGAUAAGGAAACCACGUGGUGUAAAGGGGAUUGAAAUUUAGAAUAUUUUCACGAAGUUAGCAAAUGGGAGUUACAACGUGUACAUAUUAUACUGAAAAUUCAAUUUUGGAUAAAACUAAGAUGAUAAAAUGAUAGAUCACAUUCGUCUACCUAUUUUAUGCUUUGAAUAUAAAAUUAAUAGCUCCAAACUUCUGAACAGCGGCAUAUUUCAUGUUCGGUGUGACGAAGAUCGUCAACGUUUACUUCGCGAAAUAAAUAAAACACAGAAGUGAAACUACCAAACAAUGAAAAAUCGAGUAACUUAUCGCGAAUAACCAUAGAUUCUUCGUGUUAUCACCAGCUGUGCCACCUGCUUUCCUCGAAACAACAGAAAUUUCAUCAUCGCGACGGGAGUUUAAUCCCGAGAAAUCUGAAAACUCGCGAGAUACCGAUUAUAGACACUAGCUAAAUGAAUUCAAACAGAAAACCGUAGGUAUUAAUAAUUUUCGAAUUUCCGACGGAGGGCCGUUUCUAACGUCGAAAUCGAGCAAAAGUCCUCUCUCUAUAUAGCUAAUUUGUAUUCCAAUUCGAGAAGUCGCGAAUAAUUUGCAGUUCACGCGCGCUGACAAAUGUACUUUCGACGCGAUGCGCGACCUUCCCUCGCGAAAUAUUAAGCGCGGCCCGCGCGAGUACACCUGUCGAAUAAAAACGGUCCGACGAAUCGAGCGGAAAGUGUAAAUCUGUACGGUUGUCAACGAGCCGACGAGAUUUAUAAAUGAAGAAACACCGAUGUGCGCCUGUUGCUAGAGCGGUUCGCUCUAAAAUUCGAUCAACCUCGGAGAGGAAUCAUUUAGAGAUGGGAUUUAGAGUGCCUCACAAGUGGAUCUGAAAUUUUUAGUCUCUCGGCCAAAUUUUUGUGCCAGGUGAUAUAUAUUGCAAUGUGUUUUUAUUAUUGUAAUAUUAUUUUAAAAUACGGAUUAAACAUUCAAAAGAUUGACAUGCAUAUCUACGUUUCAGAGAUUUUUAAUUGAAUGAAACAGGCUCUUGUUUCCUUACACGCAAACACAACAUUAUACGUUAUAUUAUACAUUAACGUAUAGUCAUAAUUGUAUCGAUAUAAAUAUAUGUUCGGUAUUUAUAGAAAAUUCCAUAUUUAGAGGCUCAAAAGCAGAAACCGUAGUCAGUUCAAUCCACGUAUGAAAAUCGAAAUCUCGUAUGAAAACGAACCACAGACACACGGUAUAAAUGUUAUCAUUUUCAUAUCCGAUUUUUGGUUGUCUCCUUUCGAUCCUUUGAGGAGAGAAGUGAAUUCUGAUUUCCAAAAGAAUGAAACUUGGACAUCGAUGAACUUGCUUCGCAUUCGUGAGUACGUGUUUGAGUUGAUUCCAUCCCUAAAGUUAAUAGCAACGUAGUAAUAGGGGCCAAUGCCGAAUUUAUCGAUGGUAAUUUCCCUUACUUUCUGCUCCGAGGUCCACGGAAUAUUCGUCUCCGCGCCGGAGAAGCCAAAAUAAUCUCAGGCGUUCUCUCGCGGAUAUUGAUGAUGUCAUUGCCACGUGCUCGCCGAGAGUUUCUGCCGUGUUCCACGCAUUGGAACACCGAUGAAUAUGAAAAGGCUAGAGUAACUGACAAGCCAAAGAUUGGCACGUCUAUAAAUAAUCGAGCCUCCCGGAACGAACACAUCCUUCUCGUCUUCCUCGCGAAGAAGCUCGUUCGCCAAGUUCGCGAGCGUUCGGAAAUUUUCGCGCGAUCGGUUUCAAAAUCUGAAACGUUCGACAGCUCUGACUUUUUCAAUAUUUGAAAAUUGAGAAUAUUUCAUUUUUCGAGAUUUCCUUGGGGAUUUCCAAGUGAUUCUUGCGACACCAAUUUUAUUUUAUUUUGCUUUCGGGUAAAUUUUGUCCGGAACCAGGUUAGGUUUCUGCCGUUUAUUGGCCUAUUAACGUAUUCAUUACAUUAGUCUUGCGUGACUAUCGCACGCCUCGAGCUAUUCGAUUAUUUUGCCUGGCCCGGCACUCUCUCUAUAAUUAUUUUUUGUUUACGUUCUAGCGCAAUACAAUAUCGUUUUAAGGUAAUAGUAUGUUAUCAAUUUGUUGACAAUUUCAUUGGGAUUUUAUAAGAAAAUUAUUACAAGAGAUAUAUUUCAAAAUUAAAGGCAAUGGUGACAGAAUACCCGGCACUUUCAAAGAUUUGAUGAAACCCGUUCGCCCGAUUAUUCUUCGAACUCCCAGCGAGAUAGUUGUUUUCUGUUAAUUCAGAUUCCCCGUACAAUUUGCACAGUUCCCUUCUAAUUGUAUCUUAGCAGCUGAUGCAAAUUGUCCGAAGUUCUGGUUAAGUUUCCAAGUGAAAUUGUUGCGCCGUGACUCGGAAUUACUAAAUCGCAAUUAUGCGACUUUUACGAUCGAUUCUGGUCUCCGUGAUGGCCUACGCGAUCUUGAUAGUCGGCUAUCGAACGGUAAAUGGCAUCUGGAGGAAGUCGACUUCGGUGCCAGAACGCGGUUAUUUAAUGAGCAGGAGUCACGUCUUGGAGUAUCAGCCUAUCAACCCGACAGUUCAAUUAUUCCACCUAGUAUGAACGAGGGAAUGCUGCCUCACCGAUGA